UGUGCCAUUAUAGAUAAAAAAAAUGAAUUUAAAGAGCUGUUUCGUCAAACUGUUCAAGCCUAGAGACGCAACACCAUUGCCUUGGAAAAUGCUCUCUGCAAUGCUAAUCGUUUUGGUAAGGAACUUUGUUGAUAUAAUUUCGUAGUGAGGAGAGGAGGAGGUAAUCAAAGUCUACGCGAUGCCAGUGCCUUUAGAUAAUUGUUUGAAAAACAAACAGUCGAACAAUACUAAUUCUCCAAGAAGAAAAGAAGAAAAAAAUUAAUUCUUGUACUACUCGUUCCCUAUUGUCAUAUCUUUACACAAUGCUUGCCACAAGGGCAGGCAGGGAUAAUCAGGGUAGCUUUGACUUUCGCAAAAUUUCGCGUUUCGAAAUGAUGAAACUAAGUGAUUUACAUCUCAGUAGCCUUACUUUACAUUUACACGAUUUACAUCUCAGUAGCUUAAAUUUGCUUAUAGGCUUUAUUCUUGAAUAAAACAAUAUUGAAUACAUCAAUAUCGUGGCUGUUCGAAUACCAGAAUCAGUACCGAUUUCAAUGAUACAAUGAGAAAUAAUGUCGCCUUUGUGCAGAGAAGGAAGUUGCAUAAUUAGGUUUAACAUUAUGGUGGUAAAGUCAGCCAAGUGACGUGAAUCAGAAAUUGGCUAAGUGAAGAGAUCUACUUUUCGUACGCGAUUAAAAAGCUAUACAACACGAACAUCUCAUUUGCUUUGUCUUUUUUCCAAAGCACUAAAUCAGAGAUUUUGUAAUAGAAUCUUACCUAUUGGUGAGAUAUAUAAAUGUUCUUCUUGUGAUCCUCAUUUCAACAAAGUAUACCUUCGUAUCCUUUUAUUUUAAGAGUUAUUCGAAAGUUUUGCCCAACACAAGAACAAUUUCAAAUCAUCCCUUUCUUUUGACUGUAUUCACAUUUCAAAGCCUACUUGGAAAGUCCCUUUAAUAUUUUAGAUACUCAAAACGAUGAAUGCGACAAUGAUCUUUGCAUUCCUACCAAAAUUGGUGAAGGCAAGUUUGUUUAGAGUCUAUAUUAUAAUAGCAAUCUUUUCGUGUGUGAGCGAAUAUGGUAGCUGCAAGUUUGUGAAUUCCUGUGGUUUUUUUGCUAUAGUAGUUGAAUAAAAUCUGACUGAAAAUCUCCUCUUUGAAAAAUAAAUUGUGUUUCUAAACACAUUUCUUUUUUAAAUAAACAACGUUUUUAUUCAUGAAAUAAGUUUUGUUUAUGAAGUUUAGAAAGUUGUGUGGAAAACAGCAAUGAUAUUCAAAUGACAAACAGCAAGCUGCAAUGAUAAAUAUUGUCUUAAAACGGUGAUCAUGGCAACGUAGAGAUUUGACUCUCUAAAAACUCCGCAGUGAGACAUUGUUACAAGUAAUAGACAAAAUAUACAUUGACCUUUUAGAUAACUAUAAGGUGCAAAAGAACACAGGAUAAGAAAAAAACAUCGAAAGGACAAUAGGUGCCGGAAUAGUUGAUAGUGGUCACUAAAUUAAAAGUGUGUUCUACUUAGUCGGGACCUUGUGUAAACGAGUCGUUGGUGAACAGAAUUUGAGAUUACAAGUACUAAGCCUAUGUUUGUAUAUAUCCAGACAUUUAGAUAAGAAAAGAAGGAAUACCUUAUAAUUAUUUCAGAUUUAACGCAACAGGAAGUAACAAAUAGCUGAAAAGUCAUGUGCAAUGCUUAUUUUGGUAUGUCACUCGUUGGGAUGGUGGGAGAAGGGUAGAACAGAGGAAUGACAUGAGGUGUUGAAUUUUGAAUCAGAUGUUGGAGUUUGUUAAAGUUUAAAUAGAGGUGGAAAUCAAGGGAGAUUAAUUUGCCUGAUUUAGUGUAUUUAUGUCGUAAUGCAGUAUAAGGAAAUAUCUACGGAAUAUGUGAAAAUAACAUUUUCUUACAUCUGGUCUAAAUAAGGGCUCCUGAAAAUCAUAAUGAAAUAAUAUUUUUUUUAAAAUGCUGCGAAUUUGUAUGACCAGUUUUUAUAAUUUAUUUAGUCUUUUGGAACAUCAGAAGCUGAUACAGGCUAUUAUGCUGGUAUCAUUGCAUCUUCUAUGGGUUUUGGACAAACAAUCUUCAGUUUGAUGUGGGGGUACAUUGCAGAUGUUAAAGGAAAGAAACCAACCCUCAUCGCUUCAGCAUCUUUACUCAUGUUUACCACUUUAGCAUUUGGAUUCACUAGUAACUUUGAUUGGGCUGUUACUACGCGAUUUAUGCAAGGAUCAUCGUUAGGUAUUUCUCUAAUCUCCAAAUCAAUAAUUGCAAAUGCUUGUGAUGAUACAAAUAUGGCGUUUGCCAUGUCAAUCUUAUUUUCGACAGUUUCGGUUGGUUUUAUUAUUGGACCAAGCGUAGCAGGUUUUUUGGCAUUCCCGUCUGAAAAAUAUCCAGAUACGUUUCCUGAAGAUUCUGUUUUUGGAAGAUUUGGUAUUCUUCUCCCAAAUUUACUUCUUGCUAUCGGUUUUUCAAUUGGCAUCAUUCUUCUUGUGUUAUUUAUUCCAAAUGAAUUCAGGAAUAAAAAUGAAAGAACACCAUUAUUCGAAUCGUUAACUCACAGCCAAAGGAAUUCAACUGCUCGUGCAACUGAAAAUAAAGUAACAAAAACGCAAAGCUCACUUAUGACGCUUAAAUUACAAGAGAAAGGUAAAGUUCAACAACGUGGUUGGAAGGCAUGGUUAGCUAAAAUAAAAACAUAUAAGCUAAUAAAAUUACUUCGCUUAAAAGAUUACGCACAGGUCAAUUUAGUAUAUUUUGUUAGUGGAGUCAUCGCACUUGGAAAUCAUGAAUUACUUCCACUGUUUUUGGCUAGUUCUGCUGAGUAUCAUGGUAUGGGCUUCUCUACCUCAAAAAUUGGGCUAACACUUCUGAUGGUGUCGGUGUGUUUCCUUCCACCUCAGUUGUUAAUUGUACCCAGAGUUCUAAGACGUUACGGAUCGAGAAAGAUCCUUAUUGGAGGUAAUCUUUUAUUCGCAUUCAUAUGUCCAUGGACACCCAUUUUGGUUAAUACUAUUUGCAACAGAAAUGCUGCAUGGAUGGCUGUGGUAGUUGUUUCAUUUCUGCAAAGAACAUCUGUGUCAGCUGGUUUAGUUUCAAUUAAUAUUCUGAUCAAUAAUUCAGUUACACCAGACCUUUUGGGAUCGGCAAAUGGCUUUUCAAUGAUUUUCUUCUCGCUUGGAAGGAUGAUCGCACCACUUAUCGUCGGCAGCACGUAUUCUUGGUCACUUAAAAACAUCCGCGACGUCUCGUCUAAUAGUAAUCCUAUUGGAUUUCCGUUCGAUCAACAUUUUUCUUUUUAUGUUUUGUCGUUGAUGUCUAUAUUAAAUAGUUUUUUUGCUUCGAGAAUUUCAACCGGAUUGGACAAAAAGAAGAAAGUUUCUCCUGAAGUAAACGGUGAACAGGAAUGCAGUACAAAGAUUUGACUUUCUGAUAAGACUAUCAUCUUUCUUGUUGCUAUUGAUAUUAUAUAUAAAGUUAGGAAUCCUCUUUUACCGUCAGUUAGUGCACGGUAACAGGUUUUAGUAACAAAGAAGGGAACCUGGCAUCAAAACGUCUGGUUAAGCCACAAGUAACUCUGUGAUCCGGUGUUGGAUGCCACGUUGAGUGCAUAAUAAAAUCAUAAACUGUGCCGCAUAUCUAGGUGCAACGCUUUGCAAAGGUGAAAUGAAAACAAAGUUGAGAAACUGAUAUUCUGUCAUAGCAAAAACAAUUAUUAUGUUUUAAAGAAAAAGUUGUUAUUUAAUACUGUUGUAGCCAUAACUGCAUUUGGCUACUUUCACUUUUUAGUUAGAGGUAGCUAGCUAGGUAACAGGACCCACCCUCGGCACAUUUAGCUGACAAAAAAUUAGAUUAUUGAGGAUAACACAGAUAUCAAAGCUAGCUAGCUGGAUUUUUAGGAUGCUGGAAAAUUUACGUUCUUCGCCAAAAUCUUAAGAUUGGCUUUUAAGGUUCGUAGGUGGCUAAAAAACAUGAUGGUAAAUGUGAAGACGUGACAAUGAAGAAAUUAAAACUAUGAAGUUUUAGCUAGCUACAAGAGAUAGGUAAACAAAAGUGUGUACAAACAGAAAAACUGGCCAAAAUGUUUUGAAAAAAGCUGCUUUUUUGGUUAAAAGUAUCGCAAAGAUAAAAAAUAAAGCAAACAGUUUAGAAACUUUCCAUUCUCUAGCACUGAGUUGCUUCGAUCUUCUUGCAAAAUUUUAGACAGGUUUCGUUGGAGCGUAAAAGAUUUGUAAAGGAUUCUAAAGAGUCUUAUUUUUUGACCGGUCAUUUAUGUAAUAAUCCUUCCCAGGUUUUAUUUUAGAGAUUAAUAGAGAAGAGAAGUUAAAAGAAAACAUAAAAGUGUUUGCUACUUGUCUCUUUUUUGAAUUACGAGCUUGGCGUCCAAAGCAGUAGCUGUAGUAGACAAAAACCUUAACAAAUCAACUGUGCUAACCGUAAACUUCCAUUUAUCAGGAAUUAAAACUGCUACGGAUAUAUAGUUUGAUGACUGCGUCAAUGAAUUUGCAUUAUGUAGAGCUUGAAAUGAAAGGAUCUUUUUCACCAUAGGCGAAUUUUGAGGCAAACGGAACAUGCGCAUAUUUUUUGCAAUGCUAAAAAAGGAAAGUCAGUGGUCUUGGUGAUAAGUACGGUCUGAUAACUUUUCCGUAUAUUUGUCGUGUUUGCAAGUUAUAUGUUAGAGCAAUGAUUUAGGUAUAUUCCAAGGAUUUUUGGCUAAUUCUAAGGCUAAAAAUUCUUAGAAACUGGAUUUGGUAAAAUAUGUACAAAUUUGUCUUGCUCAGUGAUACAAAACUGUGUAAGUAUUAGACACUUCACAUAUUUAAUUUAUGCAAAUCAAUUUACAGGCUUUAUCAAAUGGCUAAAAAUAUUAAGACCAACAUAAGCAGAAAGCAACACCACAAAAAUGCAUAUAUAUGUAAAUAGGCUUUAUUAAUUUUAUUACAUCAUAACAACAACAACAAGGGAAACAAUAACAGAUAUAUGCAAUAGUUAAAAAAAUGACGAGAUUAUAUCGAGAUUUUAUGUAGGUAUAGGCCAGCUACUUAAUAUUUAAAUCGUAAGCAGCAACAGCUAAUU